AUGGCGCCUUCUCUGUUCCGCGCCGUUCGCCCGGCUGCUCAGCUCUACCGUGCGAGCGUACCAUCGACGUCGAGCCGACUUCUCUCGACCACCGCACGCCGCACGCUCGCCACUGAGGCCCAGGGCACCCACCCGCAGGACAAGGCUGUCCCAACCUCCCCCGCCACCUCGGCCUACACCGUCGAGGAGCUCCACGACAAGAGUGCGCAGGAGAUUCUUCGCGAGGGCGGCAGCAGGAGAGACCGUUCGCUGCGCCACUUCACCGUCAACUUUGGUCCUCAGCAUCCUGCCGCCCACGGUGUGUUGCGUCUGAUUCUCGAGCUCAACGGAGAGGAAAUCCUACGAACUGAUCCCCACGUCGGCCUUUUGCACCGAGGUACUGAGAAGCUCAUCGAGUACAAGACUUACACACAAGCCCUCCCCUACUUUGACCGACUCGACUAUGUCUCGAUGAUGACCAACGAGCUCUGCUACUCGCGAGCCGUCGAGAAGCUCCUCAACAUCGAGGUCCCCGAGCGUGCCAAGUGGAUCCGCACCAUGUUUGGAGAGAUUACCCGUAUUCUCAACCACUGCAUGGCUGUCCUCUCACACGUCAUGGACGUCGGUGGUCUCACUCCCUUCCUCUGGGCCUUCGAGGAGCGAGAGAAGCUCAUGGAGUUCUAUGAGCGCGUUUCGGGUGCUCGUCUGCACGCCGCCUACGUCCGUCCCGGUGGUGUCGCGUACGAUCUGCCCCCUGGAUUGCUGGACGACAUCUACAAGUGGGCAACACAAUUCGGCUCGCGAGUCGACGAGAUCGAGGAGGUAGUGACUGGCAACCGUAUCUGGAAGGGCCGUACCAUCGGCAUUGGCAAGGUGACUGCUCAGGAGGCGCUCGACUACGGUUUCUCUGGUGUCAUGCUUCGAGGCUCCGGUAUCCCCUGGGAUAUCCGCAAGGUUGCUCCCUAUGACGCCUACGACCAGGUCGAGUUCGACGUUCCCGUUGGCAAGAACGGUGACUGCUACGACCGAUACCUCUGCCGAGUUGAGGAGUUCCGCCAGUCGCUGCGCAUCAUCGAGCAGUGCCUCAACAAGAUGCCUGCAGGUCAGAUCAAGGUGGACGACCACAAGCUCGUGCCGCCACCGCGUGCCACGAUGAAGGAGAGCAUGGAGUCGCUCAUCCACCACUUCAAGCUCUUCUCGGAGGGCUACGCCGUGCCCCCCGGCGAGACCUACUCGGCCAUCGAGGCGCCCAAGGGCGAGAUGGGCGUCUACCUCGUCUCGGACGGCACCAACAGGCCGUACAGGUGCAAGAUCAGGGCCCCCGGUUUCGCCCACUUGGCAGGCGCCGACUUCAUGGCCCGUCACCACUACAUCCCGGAUAUGGUCGCUAUCAUCGGCACCCUCGACUUGGUGUUCGGUGAGGUCGACCGUUAA